GCUGCAAGGCUGAAAACCAUCCUGGAGCAGCGAGACAAGUUGAUCAAGGAAGGGAAGUACACACCACCCGACUACCACAAGGGCAAGGAGGAGCCCAGGCCAUGA